AUGGCGAAAGUACAGUCGAUGACCCCACCGGCCGCCGUGCCCUUCACCUGGGUGGACCAUCGCAGGAGCGUCCCCACCACCGAGGAGCUCGAGAACCGUCGAAACCUGCUUGGGCUGGUGAACAAGCUCACGUUUACCAACAUGGACACGAUAAGCGCGCAGCUGGUCGAGGGCAUGAAGGACCCCUACCUCCUCAGCGAGGCCGUGGAGCUGGUGUUCCACCAGGGCCUCAACCCGGCGUGGAUGGUCCUCUUCGCCCACCUCUGCCGUCGCCUCACCAAAGACUCGCCCUUCUUCGGGCGUCGCGGCGAAAUCAACUUCAGGACGGUGCUGAUCGAUAAGUAUCGCAGCGAGUUCGAGCAGGCGGUCUACACGCAGGUGCCGCCGCUCGUGCAGCUGUGCGCCCGGUGCGUGGACGCGUCGAUGCCGCCCACGGCCGCGGCCCGGGCCGAGACCGAGGCCCUGCUGCCGCAGGAGCUCGCCGCCUACCUGCGCGAGCGGCCGUGGGUCGUCACGCCCAAGGUCCUGGCCGAGCGGUGGCAGCGCAUGAUCGAGCUUGUCGUGCUGCUGGGCGAGUUCUACAACGUGGGCCUGGUCGCCGAGGCCCAGAUCACGUGGAUGCUCGACCAGCUGUGCGCGUCGAUCGAGCAGGGCGUGCGCCGCAACGUGGAGCCGCUGUGCCGGCUGCUCGCCACGGUGGGUCCGGUGCUCGACGGCCGCCGGCGCCGCGCCGCCGAGCACCUGGGCGUCGACCAAGAUGACGAUGACGAUGACGAUGGCGUCGGCGUCGUGGAUGACGGCAUCAACGACGGGGCGACGUGGGUCGACGAUUUUGUGCUGGCUCGGCCGAGCGAGAAGAAGAAGACCGAAGAGAAAGAGAAAGAGAAAGAGAAGAAGAUGACGAAGGGAGUGGACGAGUAUAUGGACAAGGUGGCGAGCUACCUGCGCCGGGGGAAGGAGUGGAACCUGGGCAGCCGCAUCCAGUUCAUGAUCAUGGACGUCAUGGAGCUCAGGACCCGGAAUUGGCAGUGGCGCCGCGCCAGCUAG